CCGUAGCCUCCCAAACAGUCCAGAAUGGUUGUAACUUGUGGCCCAAAAAACCCUCAUCAGCGAGAUCUUUAGAAACAUUUGAACAACUUCAAAACAUGCAUUGACAACUCAUAAUUGUGUGAAGAAGGAUUUGCUACUUUAUAUAAUAAUGGUACGGGGUUUCGGGAAGGAUUUAAACGAAUGUCUAGUAACGAAUGAUGGAUGGAGAAAGUUAUGCAUAGGUUACUUAUGGAACUGAAUAAACAUUAAUAGGGUAUGUAUGGGUGUACUUGAAAUGAGAAAUUCGAGGUGAAUUGGGAGUUAAAAGUAUUGACUCACAUUCAAAUCAAGCUAAUUUAUCCCAACACUCUCAAUGCAACAUUUGCGACACCAACGGCAUUGAUGUAUUCAUUUGUAGAACAUGAUGAAACAUCAAUUUUGGGAAUUGUGGUCGCAAAUGUGUGAGGGAAGCUUGGCGGGCCUUAUGGUGCAGGGGACAUCUCAUAGCCACUAAAACCAUCGUGAACAGCGCGGCGUAGCAAAGUAUUAACAGGCUGCAAUACCCAUCUAACUUGUCGUAUGGUCACUCCGACUAAAACUUACUGUUGUGUCUGGAUAAUCGAUAGGGAAAUUGGUGAUUGUCGUGAAAGGAUCUGAGGAUCGAAUCGAGUACGACUUACAAUACCAAGAUACUGCGAUAAUUGACAUGACCAACCAUCACCCAUUAACCUCGAUUCCUCGAGCACGACUCACACAAUCGUUACCACCAUUGCCUGAAGAAGAUACAAUACCUCUCGCACCGUACCAUGAUGAUCCAGCAGAAGAUGAAAUUGCCGAGGUUACUGAAGGAGUUGAGGGAAACCAAGCUGAUAUGAACGAACCUCCUGAAUAUGAGCCAAUGCACGACUAUUUGGCCAGUAGAGUACGACGAUUAUCUCAAAUGUGGCCUCCUGAAUAUGAAUCAUCGUUGCAUGAUCAUACAAACAGUAUACCGCUUCAAUACCAAGAACCUUACCGAGAUGACCCCUUCAUUAUCACGAUAGAUUCGAAUCAACCUCCACCACCGUCCUACGAAGCUUUAUACAUACAAAGACAAACAGAAUUAGAAAUGUUGAACGAUGAGGAUCUGGAGAUAGGCCAUGCUGAGGAUGUUUGCAAAUGGCUGGUCAGCAUGAUUCUGAUUACUUUAACAAUUAUUGCUGUUGGCUUCGCAUUCAAUUGGGGACACCCAUUUUAAGACGAGCGAGACCUAGGAUGCCGACACCGUGCAGCAAAAGACAGCAAAAGCAACAAAACGAAAUGGUGGAAUUAUACCCGGUCUAUGGAAAUGGAGUUUGGAGUUUGAAAUAUGCAGCUUGAAAGGAUUAUGGUACAGGAUAGCGGGUUGCAGCGGCUUGCCAAGGGCAUUUGAAAGAUUGCUUUCUAAUAGAAUAGAAUACAAGCUUCGAACUAUUUUGCCAGUUUUUACCGCCCGCAUAUCAUAUACGAUAUCUCCCACAUAUCGUGAGGACUUUCCA